GCUGACAAGAAGUCAUCUGUAAGCCAGAGUAAAUAUACUAGUCCCUACAUUUCUCCGACACACUUGUAAGGGAGGAAGGAAGGAAAACGAGUGUAUCCCUGAACUCAGACUCUGUCUUAUAACUGGAUCAACACAGUGACUGUUAUGAAUCACAAGAGAUGAAAGAAAUAAUAUUGCGAGGCAACACAAAAGUUAUUGCAAGAGAAAGCACAAGGAUUUAACAAGUUGUAAGUUUCCAGUAAAGAUGACACCAGCUAGGAAUGGCUGAUGUGGGAGAAAAGGGUCAGCAGCUAGACAGUGAGCUGAAGACAGUCCCCACCUCAGAAUUCACUGCUCUUUCAACUGGGAUCAGAGACAACAGCACACCUUUCAAAGUCCAUUCUGCCUGCAGUGACAUUCAACUGAAGACCAGUGGAAACAUACAUGACCAAAGUCACGAGGAUGAGGAUGAUGAUGAUCUGUGCCACACUUCCUCAAUGCCCCCUGGCUGGAUCAGAGAAGUGAGGCAGAGGAAAGUAGGCAAGACAGCAGGCAAACUGGAUGUCUACAUUAUAAGUCCCGAAGGGCAGAAGUUCCGAUCAAGAGCAUCCCUCCACGCUUUCCUCCUAAAAAAUGGAGAAAAGAGCUUAGAUAUAAGUGUCUUUGAUUUCUCUGUGUCAAAGAACAAGGUCAUCACUGCUUUGCAAUUACUCCCCUCCCAAGUGAAGCAGAAGAGAGCAAAGAAUAAACAUGCAGACAGACAACAGCACACAGCACAAAAUGCAAGAGAAAUUGUGGCUUCAUCUGCAGAUAAAUCUAACAGAGCUCUUUCAUCGAGCAGAAGAACUAAAGAAGGAAUAAAGAGAUCAGCUGAAACAAAUCAUAUUAAUACUGACACUGCACUAGAUGAGAUCACACAUGUGCAAGAAGUAUGUAGAGACAAAACUGAAGAGAGAGUGAAGUGUUACGUACAAGAUAAACCUUCAGCAGCAGUGGAUGAUGCCAAGCUACAGAAGAGUCCGCAGAGAGCUGGACUGCUGAGAGAGAAGCUGCUCAGACUAGCCUCUACUAGCGAACAACACAACACUUUAAUUGUUCACAAGAACAAGCAGGCAGGAUCGCAGCCUUCUCUCCCAACUCUGAAUGCUGAACCUGCCACUGUCAGCGAGAGUGAAGGUGAGGAGCAACAAGGUGUAGCCCAGAUGCUGAGUCACAGCAAAUGUGACAACAAGGCUAAUCCUGACCCGGAGACUGAUGCUGACAGUCAUCAGGAUGUGGCAGAGGAGGUGUUGUUACUUGACAUCACUGGUGGGAGCUGUACACCAGUGAGAAAUUCCCAGAAUAAGUCAAAAAGCUUGGAAGACAAACGGAAAACGAGCCCUUAUUUCAGUGGGAAACCCUUUAGGGAUGGCCUUAGCCCUCCCAGGAGGAAGGCUUUCAGGAAGUGGACACCCCCUCGUUCUCCAUUCAACCUUGUACAGGAAACCCUUUUCCAUGACCCCUGGAAACUCCUGGUGGCCACCAUUUUUCUGAACAAGACCAGUGGUAAGAUGGCCAUUCCAGUACUGUGGCAGUUCUUUGAGCGUUACCCAUCUGCAGAAGUGACCCGGGAGGCCGAUUGGAAGCCCAUGUCUGAACUUUUGAAGCCACUUGGCCUGUAUGAGCUCAGAGCCAAAAUACUCAUCCGCUUCUCAGAUGAGUAUCUGACUAAACAGUGGCGUUACCCUAUUGAGCUACACGGUAUUGGGAAGUAUGGCAACGACUCUUAUAGGAUCUUCUGUGUGGGAGAAUGGAGAGAGGUGACACCUGAAGACCACAAGUUAAACAAAUAUCAUGCCUGGCUGUGGGAGAACCAUGAAACCCUUGGAAUCUGAAAUACAAGAUUGGAGGAACUGCAAGGAAGAUUUAUUGUGGCACAUACAAGAAAAUCAGUUCCAUAACAUAUACAUUGCAUUUAUCAACUAUAUUACAAUUAUGCAGUGAUACUGUGGAGAUAUUCGUGUUAGCCUUUCUUAAAAUCUUUUUUACUCCAUGUUUAAUAAAAUAUUUUAAGUGG